AUGAAAAUAGUUUUAGGAAUUACACAUGAUUUAUCUCAAGCAUUAAAAAGAAGUGAUCAAGAUAUUGUAAAUGCUAUGAAGUUAGUAAAAGUGUCCAAAAUAAGGCUACAAGCUAUAAGAGAUAAUGGUUGGGAUUCUUUGUUGAAUAAUGUUUCAUUAUUUUGUGAGCAUAAUGAUAUUGACAUUCUAGAUAUGGAUGACACUUUUCAACCGACACAAAAAAAGUCAAAGAGAAAAAUGGAGAAAGUAUUUAAUUUACACCAUUUUCAAGUUGGAUUGUUUUAUGAAGUGAUUGAUCGACAACUUCAAGAGUUAAACAAUUGUUUUACAGAAGUAAAUACUAAGUUGCUCCUUUGUGUAGAUUGUUUAAGUCCAAGAGAUUCAUUGUCUGCAUUUGAUAAGGAGAGAUUGAUUUGUUUAGCUCAAUUUUAUCCUUCAGAGUUUUCUCAAGUUGAAUUAUUGGCACUAGAUUGUCAGCUUGAAAGCUAUUUCUUAGAUGUAUGCUCUGACAGUGAAUUUUCAGAAUUAGAGGGGAUUGGUGAUCUUUCUAUCAAGCUCGUAGAGACCAAAAAACAUGUUGUGUACCCGUUGGUAUAUUUGCUUUUAAAGUUAUCUCUGAUAUUACCGGUGGUAACUACAACAGCUGAAAGAGCUUUCUCUGCUAUGAAUAUUAUCAAGAAUCGAAUGCGAAAUCGCAUGGGUGAUGAUUGGUUAAAUGAUUGCCUAGUUACUUACAUUGAGAGAGAUGUUUUUGUUGAUGUUGAAAAUGAGAAAAUCAUUCAACAUUUUCAGAACAUGAAAAAUCGUAGAGAACAAUUAUAA